CAUUUUCCAUUUUCGCAAUUUACUACCAGAGCCGAAUUUCCCAGCGUGAAAUUCCCUCCAAUCUUAACUACCUGCACCAAUAUUCCGUGACUCUGAUAGGUGUAACAUGUCCACAAUCCGUAAUAACGCAAUACCGCCAUUUCGCAUUCUGAAACUCGAUUCUGUAAAAAGAAGCUAGCUAUUCCUAUUUCAUUCUCAUUACGAAUUAUCAACACUCAUGUCCAGGCUCAAGAUCUGGGAGAAUGGAUCUGGAAGAUAUGAGCGUGCAGAUGGUGGCCGCGGACACAGCAGCUGAGGUCGCAGCAGACGUUGCUGCGGCCGACCCUACGAACAGACAUCCUAAGAAAUCGAGUCAGACCUGCAUUCCGUGCAGAGUGCGAAAAGUCCGUUGUGAUGGUCGUCGCGACGUUUGCCAAAAUUGCGAGCGAUUAGGAUUCACGUGCUCAUUUCAAGACGCCGCCUCUCCCACCCAGGAUUCCGAGGGUUUGACAAAUUUCACCCUUCCGCGAAGACGUGUUAGACUAGCUUGUGCCAACUGCCAUUCCAGGAAAGCUAGAUGUAGUGGUGAAACCCCGAAAUGCGCAAGGUGUCAAGCUCAAGGCAUUGAGUGCGUCUACAAACCGACGAAGCGAUCCGGAGGCGUUAGCGGCGUCUCCCAGCAAUCCCAUCAGGGCGCCACUGAUUCCGAACUGGAGUCUGUCUCCUCCGAACCACCGGAAAAAAGAGUAAUGAUGAGUAAGGAUAAUCAGGGUUCUCAUCACGGCCCUCAAAGGCCCGAUAAGAAUAACUUCGAACCAAAUGAGUCCUCGACAUGUACAGCAUCCAGCAAUGAACCGUUUGUGUUUCCAGAUGAAGGUAUCAUACAGCGGACAUUUAGUAACUUCUUUCGUCAAAUUCACCACGUCCCUAUCUUUUCGUUCCUUCAUCGUGCUUCACUCAUGCAGCGUUAUCAUGCUGGCAUGAUGGAUAAAGCUUUGCUUCUUGCUUUAGUGGGCAUCACUUCACUUAUCAUAGACCUGGGCCCCGGCACUCGAGAGUAUGGGGCGAGAUGUAUCGACGAAUGUCAGAAAAUGGUGCUUGAGGACCUCGAGAAUCCGUCGACUAUUAAGAUACAGGCCCUCGUCCUCAUUAUGAAACACCGUAUGAUGUCGCGCAAAUUCACAACCGCCUUUAUGUUGGCGGCAACAGCUACUCGGUUUGCCUAUGCCCUACGCCUGAAUUAUGAAAACCCGAAUCUAUGCUUCUUAGCACGAGAAUCACGGAGGAGACUAAUGUGGGCGCUCAUGACUAUCGACUCUGGUAUCAAUGGCGGGUGUUCGGAUUUUACGUUGAUGCCAUCCGAAUCUAUGCACAUUCAACUUCCUUGCACCGAGCGCAACUUCGAAUUUGAUCUGCCACAAGUAACUGAAUACCUCCGCCCCGUCCCUACGCGACCUUUCCCGGAUGACGUCGGUUCGCUCGCGCUCCACGUGCGACUUCUAUGGAUGAGAAGCAGAGUCCUAUAUUGCACUAAGAAUGUGCUGGGCAUGCCAGAGUCUGAACUGGCGCAACUGCCAGAGUUGGUUAAGGUAUUAUCAGAAGAACUGGCCGGCUUCAACGAUCACUUACCCGCCUCUUUCAAGUUCUCAGAAAGUAACCUCCAGUUGCGAGCUUACUCACCACGAUUGUGUGUUUAUAUCAUGAUCCAUGUCUGGUGGCGACAGUGCUACUGUGAUCUCUACCGAAUGUUCCUUGUAGGACUCAAAGAGGCAUUGCCACAGUCGGGUUUAAAUCAAUUGGAUCCCCAAUUUGUGUCAUAUUGCGUACGCCAAUGUUAUGAGCACGCUUUGGCUAUGGCAGAUAUUUUUAAACUUGUUUUAUCGCUUGACGGAGGCCUGCCCGUCACUGAUAUUGAUCUACCCGGUUGCGCUUAUCAGUGUGCUCGGAUUAUUUACUUUGCUCACCAGAGGAACCAGGGGGAAAUCAGUUUAACAUCAAACCAAGUACACGAACUUGGUACGAGAUGCCUAACGAUUGCGAAGUCGAUGGAUCACGUCCCAGCUGGCACUGUUAUUGUUGCUGAUCUCGAAAAAUUGAUUGCCCGUGGCUUCACUACAAAUGCUGCACCGAACCACCCAGGGAGCCCCAGUACAAACAGUUCCAAUCUGAUAUCCCAACAUGUCAUGCCACGCCAUAACCCAAUUCAACAGAUGCAAGUUGUCGACGAAAGUGGACUUACUAACAUCCCUAUUCUAUCUCCUUCAGCUCACAUAACCUCACCACAAGGUGGUUCAAUGCCAACCCCAAUCCAGCAUUCGACUCCCCGUCCACCACAAGAGCAUAGCCGUGGAUCUCCGCUGCCAGGAACACCUAUUGGAGAUUUUAACAUAACGAAGUCGAAUCUACCUUCUGUGAUGCCACCAGAUGGAAUAGAUAAUAAUAACGCCUUUGAGGGUGCGAUGGAUGGCUUUGACUUCAAUCUCGAGUCAUUCGGAAAUAACGGCCUCGAAUCUGCAUCGUGGCUCUCGAGCGACUGGCUUAAUAACGAAUACUCACAAACGACCGUUUGAACCUUUUAAGCAAGUUAUCGUAUCUACUGAUUGGUUAACAAGGACUAUGUUACCAAUCUCGCCGGCUUGUCUUGGCACUUUAAUGGUUACUACCACCUUGAAUUAGCCAAAGGGGCUAAUAGGAGAAGACCACAAUGUUUCCCCAAGAAACCCGGCAUAGCUGUGCUGUUCCUCCGUGGAGUGACCGAUCCUAUUCUGAGCAAGAAAGCCUACUUGACCAACACCACGAACAAGACAAACACCCAGCGCCCCGGAAUUAUUUCUUGGUCAAUAGGACUGCACCCCGAAGCAUUGGGGGUGGACAGGGUAUUUUGGAGGCCAGGGUGCCAACGAUCUCUUGGAUGAGGAAUUACUAACAUUCUGUCGAUACUUCAUAUCAGCUAAGCUCUGGGGAAGCGACCAGAAUCUGGAUUAACUGCCUAUCCUGCAGCACCCUCCUACGUUUUUUUCGGUCUUAAAAUUGCGCUUGGCGAGAAUCAUACACGUCCCAGACCCCUAGUCCCAGUGCGCCGGGAUGCAAGAGUUUACGGUCACGUAACCGGGGCACGACCCCUAACAAAAUACGUCACUUUAAACUAUU